AUGAGAUUUGUCGUUGCCCCUCUUGAUGUCGUGAAAAUCCGUCUUCAAUUGCAAACGCACUCCCUAUCUGAUCCUCUGUCGCAUCGGGAUCUGCAAGGUUCCCCAAUCUACAAAGGCACCAUUCCCACGCUCAAGCAUAUACUACGAGAGGAAGGACUUACGGGACUAUGGAAGGGAAACAUCCCCGCGGAACUGAUGUACGUCUCGUACAGCGCUAUCCAGUUCACAGCAUAUCGAUCUGUCACCAUAGGACUGCAAACGGCUUUUGGAGAAAACCGAAUACCUGCGCCGGUAGAAAGCUUCAUCGCUGGUGCCAGUGCAGGAGCCUUGGCAACGGCUACUACAUACCCACUCGAUCUUCUGCGGACUCGUUUUGCAGCGCAGGGCGCAGAAAAGGUAUAUCCUUCCCUCUUGGCUUCAAUUCGCGAAAUUGCCCGGAAUGAAGGCCCUCGAGGAUUCUUCCAGGGUCUAAGUGCGGGUGUAGGGCAAAUCAUUCCAUACAUGGGCUUUUUCUUUGCCACAUAUGAAACAUUGAGAUUGCCUAUGGGAACAUUACAUAUGCCUUGGGGAUCUAGUGACGCUACGGCCGGAGUCAUGGCGUCGGUCAUCUCGAAGACAGGAGUGUUUCCUCUUGAUCUAAUCAGGAAGCGACUGCAAGUUCAAGGACCCACGAGAUCGAAAUAUGUGCACAAGAACAUACCCGUUUAUAAAGGGGUAUUUAACUCUAUGCGGGAAAUUUUCAAGAACGAGGGGAUCAGAGGGCUUUACAGAGGGCUGACAGUCAGGUACGAAUCCGAUGGAAUGUCUGCUAUGCAAACACUAACAAUUCUAAGUCUUCUGAAAUCCGCUCCCGCAAGUGCUAUCACAAUGUGGACCUAUGAGAGAGUUUUGAAUAUCUUGCUGGACAUGGAAGCUACAGCUAAGGCUGCUGCAGGCUGA